GCGACAGAGGGAAGAGAGCGCCCAAGUGAGCGGGCGGAGCGCCAUGCGCCGUGCCAGCCGAGACUACAGCAAGUACCUGCGCGGCUCGGACGAAAUGGGCAGCUGCGGCUCGGGCGCCCCGCACGAGUCUCCCCUGCACGUCCCGCCGCCUCCCGCGCCCGCCGCGGCGCCCCCGUCCCACGCGGCCUCCCGCUCCAUGUUCGUGGCCCUCCUCGGGCUGGGGCUGGGACAGGUGGUGUGCAGCGUGGCUCUUUUCCUGUACUUCAGAGCGCAGAUGGAUCCUAAUAGAAUAUCAGAAGAGAGCACUCAUUGCAUUUAUAGAAUUUUGAGACCCCAUGAAAAUGCAGACUUGCAAGACACGACUCUGGAGAGCGAAGACACAAAACUAAUACCUGACUCGUGUAGGAGAAUUAAACAGGCCUUCCAAGGAGCUGUGCAAAAGGAAUUACAACAUAUGGUUGGGUCACAACAUAUCAGAGCAGAGAAAGUUAUGAUGGAAGCUUCAUGGCUCAAUCAGAGGGGCAAGACAGAAACUCAGCCUUUUGCUCAUCUCACUAUUAAUGCCACCAACAUCCCAUCAGGUUCCCAUAAAGUGAGUCUUUCCUCUUGGUACCAUGACCGGGGCUGGGCCAAGAUCUCCAACAUGACUUUGAGGAAUGGAAAACUAAUGGUUAAUCAAGAUGGCUUUUAUUACCUGUAUGCCAACAUUUGCUUUCGGCAUCAUGAAACUUCGGGAGACCUAGCAACAGAAUAUCUUCAGCUGAUGGUAUAUGUCACUAAAACCAGCAUUAAAAUCCCAAGUUCUCAUACGCUGAUGAAAGGAGGAAGUACCAAAUACUGGUCAGGGACUUCUGAAUUCCAUUUUUAUUCCAUAAAUGUUGGAGGAUUUUUUAAGCUACGAUCUGGUGAGGAAAUAAGCAUUGAGGUAUCCAACCCUUCCCUGUUGGAUCCAGAUCAAGAUGCAACAUACUUUGGGGCUUUUAAAGUUGGAGAUAUAGAUUGAAACCCAUUUUGUGAAACAUUAGCACAUGAUUCCUAGAUGUUUGGAAACUCUUCAAAAACAAGCCGAGAUGUAUAUAGGUGUGUAAGACUACUAAGGGGCAUGGCCCCACAGUACAAAGCUCAUGAUCUGUGCUCUGGGCUCUGUAGAGAGCAUGCAUAUUUGCAGCCAAUGGGAGAUGUUGGACUCAUGGUGACUGCACAAUGGUUUUAUAAUUUUGUAAUGAAUUCGUAGAAUUAAACCAGACUGGA